UGACAACUGAUUUAUAUUCCAUAGAUACAGUCUUCCAAAUUUAAGCCUCGGUCUCGUUGGACGCUAGAGCUACGUCACCGGAAGGCGGAAGGCGGAAGGGAAGGAGCGUGAGUGCGUGUUGCAGUCUCACAAGUGGGAAGAAGAACAGAACGAAGUGUGAGCUGCUGGGAACCGAUACAUAAUGAGUCUUCAGUGGACAGCCGUCGCAACCUUUCUUUAUGUUGAAGUGUUCCUAGUGUUGCUGCUGUGCAUUCCCUUCAUUUCCCCCACAAGAUGGCAGAAAAUCUUCAAAUCUCGCCUGGUCCAAUUAUUAGUGUCAUAUGGGAACACGUUCUUCCUCGUCCUGAUAGUAAUCUUGGUGCUGUUAUUACUAGAUGCAUUCCGGGAAAUCCAGAAAUAUGGAGUCGGGGAACUGGUGGAUCUUAAGAAUAACCCAGUGGCUGUCGAGCACAUCCACAUGAAACUCUUCCGAGCUCAGCGCAAUCUGUAUAUCGCCGGCUUCUCCCUGCUCCUCUCCUUCCUCCUGAGGCGCCUGGUCAUGCUCAUCUCCAAGCAGGCAACACUAUUGGCAUCUAACGAGGCCUUCAGGAAGCAGGCAGAGAGUGCCAGCGAUGCAGCCAAGAAGUACAUGGAGGAAAAUGACAAGCUAAAGAAGGAACUAAAGUCUUUAGGAGUGGAAGUGAAUGACCUGCCUGACACCAAUGUUGAGGAGGAUAACAAGAAGCUUAAAGAAGAGGUGCGCAAGCUUAAGGGGGAGCUGGAAUCUGCCAAGAAAACCCUGCACAAGUCCGAGAGUGAGGUUGUCGCUAUCAAGAAACAGUGUGAGGGUUUAACCAAGGAGUAUGACCGGCUGCUGGACGAGCAUUCGAAGCUUCAGGCCCGUGUGAGCUGUAAAACAUGGGCUUGGAGGUGGGUGAGUACAUUGGCACAGGCAGAUGGACCAAUGGACAAGAAGGACGACUGAGUCAGCCAUGGAUACCCCCAAAGCAUCUCAUCCCUCUUUUCGUGGAGCAUUUCUUACGGAGUGUGUGGCGGUGGCAGAAAACAUGGACUUUUAGAUGGGCUAACGGCCGUUUUUUAUAUGUAUUAUAUUUCCAGCACUCUGUAUGGCCUUCUCUUCUAUUCUCUCCCUAAUGUCAUCUGUCUGCUUUCUUAUCAUAGACUGACUGUCAUUUGAAACCCCCAUCCAAGCCACUGACCCACUGACCCACUAACCGAUAACACUUCUUAGGGGCAGUAUGUUUCUUGUACAGUCCCCCCCCCCUUCAGUAAUAAGUUGGGUUAGUUUAAGCUAAAGAGGGGCAAUACAUUAUUUUUUCAGAGUUGCAGCUACAGAAUUGGGAUCUGAGUACUAUUAGUGACUUUGCUUUGCAUGUCCAGCCCCACAGCAGCAAGGAAGUCAAUAAACCUGGGUUAAACAAA